GAGGAAACUGAAGGCUGAGGCAGGGUGGAGCUGUGACUCAUCAGAAAAAACCAACUCACCUGAGUUGUUCUCUGUCAACUCUUUGGACUGUUUGAAGAAACUACUGACUUCAGAUCAGAAGAUGAGUGAUUUGGAGGAAGAGGAGGACGGAGCAGAGUCUGUAGUAUCUGGCUGUCAGUCUAUGAAGAGUGACCGGUCCAAAGGAGAACCUUCACAAUUCAGUUAUGAACCUGGACCCAAAGACAUAAUAAAGAGGGAGAGGAGUGAUGUUUGUGAGGAGGAGCAGAUGUCCUGGUGGUGUACUUUGUGUCAGGACGUCCUGGAGGAUCCAGUCUCUACCAGCUGUGGACACUGGUUCUGCAGACAGUGCAUCACCUCAUACUGGGACCAGUCUGCUUCAUCAGGAGACUCCUGCUGUCCCCAGUGUGGAGAAAGAUCCAGAACAAUGUACGUUGUUAAACAUAAACAUAAGAUCAGUGUGAAGGGGACAUAUGAACGUGUGAAUGAAGGAGCUGAUCAAACAGGAAGUGGAACCCUCCUCAACAGGAUCUUCACUGAGGUCUACAUCACAGAUGAACUGAGUGAAGAAGUUAAUACCCAACAUGAGGUGAGGCAGCUCGAGACAGCUUCCAAGAUGGAGACCCUCCAGGACUCUCCAAUCAACUGCAGCGACAUCUUUAAAGCCUUACCUGACCAACAGAAACACAUCAGAGUCGUUAUGAUGAUCGGCGUCGCUGGUGUUGGAAAAACCUUCUCAGUGCAGAAGUUCUGUCUGGACUGGGCUGAGGGUUUGGAAAACCAAGAUGUGGAUCUGGUGAUUCCUCUUUCCUUCAGGGAGCUGAAGUUGAUCAAAGAUGAGCAGUACAGUCUUCUGGAGCUGCUCCGUGUUUUCCAUCCAUCAUUACAGGAGGUCACAGCAGAGCAGCUCGCUGGCUCUAAACUUCUCUUCAUCUUUGAUGGCCUGGAUGAAAGCAGACUUUACCUGGAUUUCAAGAAGAAGAAGAUUGUUUCUGAUGUCACACAGAAGUCAUCAGUCAACGUGCUGUUGACAAACCUCAUCCAGGGGAAGCUGCUUCCCUCGGCUCUCGUCUGGAUAACUUCCCGACCUGCAGCAGCCAAUCAGAUCCCUCCUGCGUGUGUUGACAGGGUAACAGAAGUACGAGGCUUCACUGAUGACCAGAAGGAGGAGUACUUCAGGAAGAGAGUCAGUGAUGAAGAGCUGUCCAGCAGAAUCAUCUCCCACAUCAAGACCUCCAGGAGCCUCCACAUCAUGUGUCUGAUCCCAGUCUUCUGCUGGAUCACUGCUACAGUUCUGGACCACAUGUUGACUACAGACCAGAGAGGAGAGCUGCCCGAGACCCUGACUGACAUGUACUCACACUUCCUGCUGGUUCAGACAAAGAGGAAGAAGCUCAAGUAUGCUGAGGGACAUGAGACGAGUCCACAGGAGCUGACGGAGGCUGACAGGGAAGUUCUUCUGAAGCUGGGGAGGCUGGCGUUUGAACAGCUGAAGAAAGGAAACAUCAUGUUCUACCAAAAAGACCUGGAGCGCUGUGGUCUGGAUGUCACAGAGGCCUCGCUGUACUCAGGAGUUUGUUCAGAGAUCUUCAAAAGAGAGAGUGUGAUCUUCCAGAAAACAGUCUACUGCUUCGUUCAUCUGAGUGUUCAGGAGUUCCUGGCUGCAGUCUACCUGUUCCACUGUUACACCAACAGGAACACAAAGGUACUGAAGCACUUCCUGGGGAAAGACGCUGAUUCAUCUCUGGAUGUCUUCCUGAAGAAAGCCAUGGAGAAAUCCCUGAGGAGUAAAAAUGGCCACCUGGACCUGUUUGUCCGCUUCCUUCAUGGCCUCUCUCUGGAGUCCAACCAGAGACUCUUAGGAGGCCUGCUGGGUCAGUCAGACAACAGUCCAGAAAUCAUCCAGAGAGCCAUCUACAACCUGAAGGAGAUGAAGAAGACCAAAAUCUCUCCUGACAGAAGCAUCAACAUCUUCCACUGUCUGAUGGAGAUGAACGACCACUCAGUCCAUCAGGAGAUCCAAGAGUUCCUGAAGUCAAAGAAGAGAUCAGGGAAGAAACUCUCUGUGAUCCACUGCUCAGCUCUGUCCUACAUGCUGCAGAUGUCAGAGGAGGUUCUGGAUGAGUUGGACCUGCGUCAGUACAACACAUCACCGGAGGGACGACUGAGACUGAUUCCAGCUGUGAGGAACUGCAGAAAGGCUCGAGUCCAGAACAAGAGACGUAGAGCAGAGUCUGUAGUAUCUGGCUGUCAGUCUAUGAAGAGUGAUCAGUCCAAAGGUCAACCUCUGACCUUCAGUAAAGAACCUGGACCCUCAGACACAAAAGUCCAGAACAAGAGACGUAGAGCAGAGUCUGUAGUAUCUGGCUGUCAGUCUAUGAAGAGUGACUGGUCGAUGCCAGAACCUCCAUACUUCAGUAGAGAACCUGGACCCUCAGACAUAACAGUAAAGAACAAGAGACGGAGAGCAGAGUCUGUAGUAUCUGGCUGUCAGUCUAUGAAGAGUGAUUGGUCGAUGCCAGAACCUCCAUACUUCAGUAGAGAACCUGGACCCUCAGACAUAACAGUCCAGAACAAGAGACGUAGAGCAGAGUCUGUAGUAUCUGGCUGUCAGUCUAUGAAGAGUGAUUGGUCGAUGCCAGAACCUCCAUACUUCAGUAGAGAACCUGGACCCUCAGACAUAACACCCCACUACAACAGACGGAGACCAGAGUCUGUAGUAUCUUGCUGUCAGUCUAUGAAGAGUUACUGGUCCAAUGAUCAUCCUCCAUACUUCAGUAGAGAACCUGGACCCUCAGACAUAACACCCCACUACAACAGACGGAGACCAGAGUCUGUAGUAUCUGGCUGUCAGUCUAUGAAGAGUUACUGGUCCAAUGAUCAUCCUCCAUACUUCAGUAGAGAACCUGGACCCUCGGACAUAACACCCCACUACAACAGGCGGAGACCAGAGUCUGUAGUAUCUUGCUGUCAGUCUAUGAAGAGUUACUGGUCCAAUGAUCAUCCUCCAUACUUCAGUAGAGAACCUGGACCCUCAGACAUAACACCCCACUACAACAGACGGAGACCAGAGUCUGUAGUAUCUGGCUGUCAGUCUGUGAAGAGUUACUGGUCCAAUGAUCAUCCUCCAUACUUCAGUAGAGAACCUGGACCCUCGGACAUAACACCCCACUACAACAGACGGAGACCAGAGUCUGUAGUAUCUGGCUGUCAGUCUAUGAAGAGUUACUGGUCCAAUGAUCAUCCUCCAUACUUCAGUAGAGAACCUGGACCCUCAGACAUAACAAAGAGGGAGAGGAGUGAUGCUUGUGAGGAGGAGCAGCCGUCCUGCUGUGCUUUGUGUCAGGACGUCCUGAAGGAUCCAGUCUCUACCAGCUGUGGACUCUGGUUCUGCAGACAGUGCAUCACCUCAUACUGGGACCAGUCUGCUUCAUCAGGAGACUCCUGCUGUCCCCAGUGUGGAGAAAGAUCCAGAACAAUGUACGUUGUUAAACAUAAACAUAAGAUCAGAGUGAAGGGGACAUAUGAACGUGUGACUGAAGGAGCUGAUCAAACAGGAAGUGGAACCCUCCUCAACAGGAUCUUCACUGAGGUCUACAUCACAGAUGAACUGAGUGAAGAAGUUAAUACCCAACAUGAGGUGAGGCAGCUCGAGACAGCUUCCAAGAUGGAGACCCUCCAUGACUCUCCAAUCAACUGCAGCGACAUCUUUAAAGCCUUACCUGACCAACAGAAACACAUCAGAGUCGUUAUGAUGAUCGGCGUCGCUGGCGUUGGAAAAACCUUCUCAGUGCAGAAGUUCUGUCUGGACUGGGCCGAGGGUUUGGAAAACCAAGAUGUGGAUCUGGUGAUUCCUCUUUCCUUCAGGGAGCUGAACUUGAUCAAAGAUGAGCAGUACAGUCUUCUGGAGGUGCUCCGUGUUUUCCAUCCAACAUUACAGGAGGUCCCAGCAGAGCAGCUCGCUGGCUCUAAACUUCUCUUCAUCUUUGAUGGCCUGGAUGAAAGCAGACUUUACCUGGAUUUCAACAACAAUGAGGCUGUUUCUGAUGUCACACAGAAGUCAUCAGUCAACGUGCUGUUGACAAACCUCAUCCAGGGGAAGCUGCUUCCCUCGGCUCUCGUCUGGAUAACUUCCCGACCUGCAGCAGCCAAUCAGAUCCCUCCUGCGUGUGUUGACAGGGUAACAGAAGUACGAGGCUUCACUGAUGACCAGAAGGAGGAGUACUUCAGGAAGAGAGUCAGUGAUGAAGAGCUGUCCAGCAGAAUCAUCUCCCACAUCAAGACCUCCAGGAGCCUCCACAUCAUGUGUCUGAUCCCAGUCUUCUGCUGGAUCACUGCUACAGUUCUGGACCACAUGUUGACUACAGACCAGAGAGGAGAGCUGCCCAAGACGCUGACUGACAUGUACUCACACUUCCUGCUGGUUCAGACAAAGAGGAAGAAGCUCAAGUAUGCUGAGGGACAUGAGACGAGUCCACAGGAGCUGACGGAGGCUGACGGGGAAGUUCUUCUGAAGCUGGGGAGGCUGGCGUUUGAAGAGCUGGAGAAAGGAAACAUCAUGUUCUACCAAGAAGACCGGCGCUGUGGUCUGGAUGUCACAGAGGCCUCGCUGUACUCAGGAGUUUGUUCAGAGAUCUUCAAAAGAGAGAGUGUGAUCUUCCAGAAAACAGUCUACUGCUUCGUUCAUCUGAGUGUUCAGGAGUUUCUGGCUGCAGUCUACCUGUUCCACUGUUACACCAACAGGAACACAAAGGUACUGAAGGACUUCCUGGGACCAGACUUCCAGUACAGUUACCCAUCCUUCCUGAAGAGAGCCAUGGAGAAAUCCCUGAGGAGUAAAAAUGGCCACCUGGACCUGUUUGUCCGCUUCCUUCAUGGCCUCUCUCUGAAGUCCAACCAGAGACUCUUAGGAUGCCUGCUGGGUCAGACAGACAACAGUCCAGAAAUCAUCCAGAGAGCCAUCAACAACCUGAAGAAGAUGAACAGUGAUGACAUCUCUCCUGACAGAAGCAUCAACAUCUUCCACUGUCUGACGGAGAUGAACGACCACUCAGUCCAUCAGGAGAUCCAAGAGUUCCUGAAGUCAGAGAACAGAUCAGAGAAGAAUCUCUCUGAGAUCCACUGCUCAGCUCUGGCCUACAUGCUGCAGAUGUCAGAGGAGGUUCUGGAUGAGUUGGACCUAAGACAGUACAACACAUCACCGGAGGGAAAACUGAGACUGAUUCCAGCUGUGAGGAACUGCAGAAAGGCUCGAUUGUAUGACUGCGGUUUGUCAGAGAUCAGCUGUGCUGCUCUGGCCUCAGCUCUGAAGUCCAACCCCUCCCAUCUGAAAGAGCUGGACCUGACUAGAAACUACAACCUGAAGGAUUCAGGAGUGAAGCAGCUGUGUGCUGGAUUGGAGAGUCCAAACUGUAGACUGGAGACUCUGAGAUUGGUGCUCUGCGGUUUGUCAGAGAUCAGCUGUGCUGCUCUGGUCUCAGCUCUGAACUCCAACCCCUCCCAUCUGAAAGAGCUGGAGCUGAGGGGCAACGACCUGAAGGAGCCAGACGUGAAGCAGCUGUGUGAUCUGAAGGAGAGUCCAGACUGUAGACUGGAGACUCUGAGAUUGGUUGACUGCAGUUUGUCAGAGAUCAGCUGUGCUGCUCUGGCCUCAGCCUUGAAGUCUAACCCCUCCCAUCUGAGAGAGCUGGACCUGUGCUACAACAAGAACCUGAAGGAUUCAGGAGUGAAGCGUCUGUGUGCUGGAUUGGAGAGUCCAAACUGUAGACUGGAGACUCUGAGAUUGAAGUUCUGCAGUUUGUCAGAGAUCAGCUGUGCUUCUCUGGCCUCAGCUAUGAAGUUCAACCCCUCCCAUCUGAAAGAGCUGGACCUGACAGGCAACAUCAACCUGAAGGAUUCAGGAGUGAAGCGACUGUGUGCUGGAUUGGAGAGUCCAAACUGUAGACUGGAGACUCUGAGAUUGAGUUACUGCGGUUUGUCAAAGAUCAGCUGUGCUGCUCUGGCCUCAGCUCUGAAGUCCAACCCCUCCCAUCUGAGAGAGCUGGACCUGAGAUACAACAGCCUGAAGGAGUCAGACGUGAAGCAGCUGUGUGAUCUGAAGGAGAGUCCAGACUGUAGACUGGAGACUCUGAGAUGGAGAUCUCUGUCAGAGUGAUCAGGAGGAGGAUGUUGGAGGACCAGCUGAGUCCUGAUGAUCCCGAGAGCUUGAAGCAGCAGCAGCACCUCUAACUGGGCCAUGUUACUGGGAGGUAGAGUGGAGAGACUGACUGAGGCUCUGCACGCUUCCACAUUAGCAACGCCACGUGGCCAUGAAAGAAGGAUGUCGGGCAAGUUGAUUGGCCGAGAUCAGUUGUUGUAUACUCUCUGUAAAGAGUCUCCAGAUAACUUGUUAUGAUUUGAUACUAUAAUUAAAAUUGAAUUGAAUUGAAAAUGUCACUGAACUUUCUCAACUGACUCAAAACAGAUUAUGUCAAGAUGUUGGUGCAGCAUCAGCUCUUUAAUAUUUCUUUUUUUAAAUGAUGUUUUGAAGCAAAAGAAGAGUUUGUAUCCAUUUAUCAUGUCUAUAAUUUAAAAGGUCAAAGGUAAAUUUAAAGGUCCAAUAUGUAAU